CUGACGAGAAGUGUUGUCGGUACUCUACUGGUCAUAUAAGAUAUAUAAAUUGGUUGGAAAUACCGUUAUUCACUCAGGAUAAUCAAUCAUUAAACCAUGGAUUCUUCUCUCAUCAAGGAGUAUAAAUCCUUCAAAGCUAGAAGUAUGAAACAACCGACUGUCGAAUCGAAAAAAUCGAAACCAUCAGGUGGAGAACACAAGUCAAAACCCAAAGUCCCAAAGAGUAGUUAUUUGCCAAAGGAAUUGUUACAGCCAAAGAAACCGGUCAGCCCUUCUCCUGAUUAUAAAACACAUGCUUUUAGAAGCAAGCACAAGUUUGCUGUGCUUGCGGCUAUCGUGGACUUCAUGAAACGGCGUCAUCUUCAAAGAGAGUUUGAUCCGUUGAGUUUGGAUGAGAUACUCGAUCAAAUUAAAUACACUGACAUCAACCAAGGUGACAAAGCUUGGUUGGGCAAUGAAGCUUUGAAAGAAAACUCUAAACUCAAUCAUAAAGAUGGUAAGUUUGUUUUCAAACCGAAGUUUCACAUAAAGGACAAAAAACAGCUUCUGAGGCUUCUAGAGCGGCACGAAGAUUCGGGUUUAGGCGGAAUUCUUCUUGAUGACAUACGGGAAAGUUUGCCGGACGCUGAUGAAGUCAUAAAAUCAGUUGGACGUCGGAUCAUGUUCAUUACGCGCUCAACUGACAAAAAGGUUAUCCUCUUCUUUAAGAAUGACCAACAUCAACUUAAAGUUGAUGAGGAAUUCCAGAAGCACUGGCGAGGAGUCUCAGUGGAAGGGAUUGGUGAAAAUGACAUUGAAAAGUAUCUUAUUAAAGCUGGGAUCACAACAAUGCAGGACUCUGGAAUCAGAAGGCCACAACAGACACAACAGAAGAGGAAAGCAAAUCGGAAACGAAAUUUCAAGAAACUGAACACUCAUUUAGAUGAGAGCACCUUGAAGGAUUAUUCAGAAAACUAAGUUAAAUGUUACAGAAAGCUUCAAAUUUUGAAAUUUAAACUACAUAGUUUGA